GGGCUCGGGGAGCGCGCCUGGAGACACCCACCGCGCACUCGCCACCUGAGCUGGGGCCGCUGGAUCGCGCGAGCUGGUGCGACCCCGACGGGGGACCUCGCGGCCCAGCUCCGGAGGACGCAGGCCGCUCCGAAUGCCCUCACGACCCAGGGCCGCCAUGCCGCGCAGCCCCACAUCCAGCGAGGACGAGAUGGCCCAGAGCUUCUCUGACUACUCCAUGGGCUCGGAGUCCGACAGCUCCAAGGAAGAGACCAUUUACGACACGAUCCGGGCCACCGCGGAGAAGCCCGGCAGUGCCAGGACGGAGGACAGCCAAGGCGACACGCUGGUCAUUCGUAUUGUCAUUCAGGACCUGCAGCAGACGAAGUGUAUCCGAUUUAACCCGGACGCCACGGUGUGGGUGGCGAAGCAGCGGAUUCUGUGUUCGUUGAACCAGAGCCUGAAGGACGUCCUGAAUUACGGGCUAUUCCAGCCAGCGAGCAACGGGCGCGACGGGAAGUUCUUGGACGAGGAGCGGCUGCUGCGCGAGUACCCGCAGCCCGUGGGCAAGGGCGUCCCCUCGCUGGAGUUCCGAUACAAGAAGCGGGUGUACAAACAAUCCAAUCUGGACGAGAAGCAGCUGGCCAAACUACAUAGCAAGACCAAUCUGAAAAAAUGCAUGGAUUACGUUCAGCAUCGCUCAGUGGAGAAAAUCGUGAAGAUGCUGGAGCGAGGGCUGGACCCGAAUUUUCAUGACCUGGAGACUGGAGAGACCCCACUGACCUUGGCCGCUCAGCUGGACGACCCCGUGGAGGUGAUCAAAGCGCUCAGAAAUGGCGGGGCCCACCUGGAUUUCCGCGCCAGGGACGGGAUGACGGCCCUGCACAAAGCUGCCCGAACCAGGAACCAGGUGGCCCUGAAGACCCUUUUGGAGCUUGGAGCCUCCCCAGAUUAUAAAGACAGCUACGGCCUCACACCCCUGUACCACACUGCCAUCGUCGGGGGCGACCCUUACUGCUGUGAACUGCUGCUCCAUGAGCAUGCCACCGUGUGCUGCAAGGACGAGAACGGCUGGCAUGAGAUCCACCAGGCCUGCAGGUACGGACACGUGCAGCACCUGGAGCACCUGCUGUUCUACGGGGCCGACAUGGGGGCCCAGAACGCCUCGGGGAACACCGCCCUGCACAUCUGCGCCCUCUACAACCAGGACAGCUGUGCAAGAGUGCUGCUGUUUCGAGGCGGAAAUAAGGAGCUGAAGAACUACAACAGCCAGACGCCGUUUCAGGUGGCCAUCAUAGCGGGCAACUUUGAGCUGGCAGAGUACAUCAAGAGCCACAAGGAGACGGACAUUGUGCCCUUCCGAGAGGCCCCGGCCUACUCCAACCGCAGGCGGCGGCCCCCCAGCACGCUGGCCGCCCCCCGGGUCCUGCUGCGCUCCAACAGCGACAACAACCUCAACGCCAGCGUGCCCGACUGGGCCGUCUGCGCUGCCGCCUCCCACCGCAGCCUCUCGCCCCAGCUGCUGCAGCAGGCGCCCGGCAAGGCCGACGGGGCCCUGAGGACCAUCGGCAGCUACGUCCCCGGGCCCUGCAGCCGGUCCCCAUCGCUCAACAGGCUCGGCGGUGCUGGCGACGAUGGCAAGCGGCCCCAGCAGCCCUGGCAUGUGGGGCCAACCUUCCCGCCUGGUGCCAACAAGGACACACUCUCCGCCUUCGAGUACCCGGGGCCCAAGCGGAAGCUGUACAGUGCGGUGCCCGGGAGGCUGUUCGUCGUCGUCAAGCCAUACCAACCCCAGGUCGAUGGCGAGAUCCCCCUUCACCGUGGCGACAGGGUCAAAGUUCUGAGCAUCGGCGAAGGGGGCUUCUGGGAAGGCAGCGCCCGUGGUCACAUCGGAUGGUUCCCGGCCGAGUGCGUGGAGGAAGUCCAGUGCAAGCCCAAGGACAGCCAGGCAGAGACGCGGGCAGACCGCAGCAAGAAGCUCUUCAGGCACUACACGGUCGUGUACGACAGCUUCGAUGCUUCCAGUGACUGCAUCAUCCAAGACAAGACGGUGGUCCUGCAGAAAAGGGACAAUGAGGGCUUCGGGUUUGUCCUGCGAGGGGCGAAAGCGGACACACCCAUUGAGGAGUUCACGCCGACGCCGGCGUUCCCGGCCCUGCAGUACUUGGAGUCCGUGGAUGAAGGCGGGGUGGCAUGGCAAGCCGGACUGAGGACUGGGGACUUCUUGAUCGAGGUGAACAGUGAGAACGUCGUGAAGGUGGGCCACCGGCAGGUGGUGAACAUGAUCCGUCAGGGAGGGAAUCACCUCGUCCUCAAGGUGGUCACAGUGACCAGGAAUCUCGACCCAGAUGACACCGCCAGGAAGAAAGCUCCUCCUCCCCCUAAGCGUGCCCCGACCACGGCGCUCACGCUGCGCUCCAAGUCCAUGACGUCGGAGCUGGAGGAGCUCGUGGAUAAAGCCUCCGUCCGGAAGAAGAAGGAUAAGCCCGAGGAGAUCGUCCCCGCCCCCAAGCCAUCCCGCACAGCAGAGAACAUGGCCAUGGAGUCCAGGGUGGCCACCAUCAAGCAGCGGCCCACCAGCCGGUGCUUUCCACCCGUCUCGGACAUGAACUCCGUGUAUGAACGCCAGGGGAUCGCUGUGAUGACGCCCACCGUUCCCGGGAGCCCGAAAGGCCCAUUUCUGGGCCUCCCUCGAGGUACGAUGCGAAGGCAGAAAUCAAUAGACAGCAGAAUCUUUCUAUCAGGAAUCACGGAGGAAGAGCGGCAGUUCCUGGCCCCUCCGAUGCUGAAGUUCACCAGAAGCCUGUCCAUGCCGGACACCUCCGAGGACAUCCCGCCCCCCCCGCAGUCUGUGCCCCCGUCCCCACCACCGCCCUCCCCCACUGCCUACAACUGCCCCAAGUCCCCGACUCCGCGAGUCUACGGGACGAUUAAGCCCACGUUCACUCAGAACCCCGCCGCCAAGGUGUCCGCCGCGGCUCGCUCUGACACGGUGGCCACUAUGAUGAGAGAGAAGGGGAUGUACUACCGCAGGGAGCUGGACCGCUACUCGCUGGAUUCCGACGACCUGUACAGCCGCGCCCCCACGGCCCCGGCCAACGUCCGCAGCAGGCGGGGCCAGAUGCCCGAAAACCCGUACUCGGAGGUGGGCAAGAUCGCGAGCAAGGCCGUGUAUGUGCCCGCCAAGCCCGCGCGGCGGAAGGGCGUGCUGGUGAAGCAGUCCAACGUGGAGGACAGCCCCGAGAAGACGUGCUCCAUCGCCAUCCCCACCAUCAUCGUCAAGGAGCCCUCCACCAGCAGCAGCGGCAAGAGCAGCCAGGGCAGCAGCGUGGAGACCGACCCGCAGGCCCCGGAGCCGCCGGGCCAGCUGCGGCCCGACGACGGCCUCACCGUCAGCAGCCCCUUCGCCGCCGCCAUCGCCGGGGCCGUGCGCGACCGAGAGAAGCGGCUUGAAGCCAGGAGGAACUCGCCGGCCUUCCUCUCCACAGACCUGGGCGACGAGGACGUGGGUCUGGGGCCGCCUGCCCCCCGAAUGCGGCCCUCCAAGUUCACCGAGGAGGGCGGCUUCGGCGAGGAGGAGGGCACCGAGCAGCUGUCGUCGCCCACGACACCCGGGGCGCCGCCCAGGGAGCCCGAGAGCCAUUUUGUGGGUGGUGGCGAUGCCGGAGCUCAGGGUGAUGCCGGCAGGCCACCAAAUUCCACGUCCAAAGCCAAGGGGCCCGAGAGCAGCCCUGCAGUGCCCCCAAAGAGCGGCGGCGUGGCUGGCCCCGAGAACUACGUCCACCCACUCACAGGGAGGCCGCUGGACCCCAGCUCCCCGCUGGCCCUGGCACUUUCCGCGAGGGACCGAGCCAUGAAGGAGUCCCAGCAGGGCCCCAAGGGGGAGGCCCCCAAGGCCGACCUCAACAAACCUCUGUACAUCGAUACCAAAAUGCGGCCCAGCGUGGAGGCCGGCUUCCUUACGGGCACGAGGCAGAACACACGGGGGCCCCUGAGGCGGCAAGAGACCGAGAACAAGUACGAGAGCGACCUGGGCAAGGACCGGAAGGGCGAUGACAAGAAGAACAUGUUGAUCAACAUCGUGGACACGUCCCAGCAGAAGUCGGCCGGUCUGCUGAUGGUUCACACUGUGGACGCCGCCAAGCCGGAAGACUUCCUGGAGGAAGAGGAUGAGAAAGCAGAUGUGGAAAUGAAGCCGGACAACUCGCCGCCUGAGGUGCCAGAAAGUGUUCCCAAAACCGAAGGUGCUUUACAGAUCUCCGCCGGCCCCGAGCCCGCCACCACCGCCGCCGGCAGGACCAUGGUGACGGCGGGCUCCAUGGAGGAGGCGGUGAUCUUGCCAUUCCGCAUCCCUCCCCCACCUCUGGCCUCCGUGGACCUGGAUGAGGAUUUUGUUUUUACAGAGCCAUUGCCUCCUCCCCUGGAGUUCGCAAACAGUUUUGAUAUCCCUGACGACCGCCUUGCUUCCGUCCCUGCUCUCACAGACUUGGUCAAGCAGAAAAAAAAUGAUGCCUCCCCGUCCCCUUCGUUGAACUCCAGCCAACCCACCAACUCUGCAGACAGCAAGAAGCCGGCUGGCCUUUCCAACUGUCUGCCCGCCUCAUUCCUGCCACCGCCCGAAAGCUUUGACACCGUCACGGACUCCGGGAUCGAGGAGGUGGACAGCCGGAGCAGCAGCGACCACCACCUGGAGACCACCAGCACCAUCUCCACGGUGUCCAGCAUCUCCACGCUGUCCUCCGAAGGCGGGGAGACUGUGGAUACCUGCACCGUCUAUGCAGAUGGACAGGCCCUGCUGGCUGACAAGCCCCCUGUCCCUCCCAAGCCGAAGGUGAAGCCUCUCAUCCCCAAGAGCGAUGCACUUCACCAGGACGCGCUCGUGGAGGAGGACGUGGAUAGCUUUGUCAUCCCCCCACCCGCACCCCCACCGCCGCCUGGCAGUGCCCAGCCCCUGACCGUGAAGGGGAUCCAGCCAAGGACCUCCAAGUUGUGGGGUGACGUCCCAGAGGUCAAGAGCCCCAUUCUCUCAGGCCCAAAAGCAAACGUGAUCAGCGAAUUGAACUCGAUCCUGCAGCAAAUGAACCGAGAGAAAUCGGCCAAGCCGGGGGAAGGACUAGACUCGCCGACGGGGACCAGGCCGGCUGGCCUCGCUCCAAGAAGCCCAGAGGUCCUGAGCACCGUCUCAGGUACACGGAGCACGACGGUUACCUUCACCGUUCGCCCUGGGACCUCCCAGCCCAUCACCCUGCAGAGCCGGCCCCCUGACUAUGACAGUAGGACCUCAGGAACAAGACAUGCCCCAAGCCCUGUGGUCUCGCCAACAGAGAUGAGCAAAGAGAUUCUGCCUGGGCCCCUGUGUGCUGCCGUCGCAUCUCCUGCCCCCUCUCUCUCCGAUGUCUUCAGCCUUCCGAGCCAGCCCCCUUCCGGGGACCUGUUUGGCUUGAACCCAGCGGGACGCAGCAGGUCACCAUCUCCCUCGAUACUGCAACAGCCAAUCUCAAAUAAGCCUUUUACAACUAAACCUGUCCACCUGUGGACUAAACCAGACGUGGCGGAUUGGCUGGAAAGUCUAAACUUGGGUGAACAUAAGGAGACCUUCAUGGACAAUGAGAUCGAUGGCAGUCACUUACCAAACCUGCAGAAGGAAGACCUAAUAGAUCUCGGGGUGACUCGAGUUGGACACAGAAUGAACAUAGAAAGGGCUUUGAAACAGCUGCUGGACAGAUAAGGGUGGCUGCUCUUGACCUUCACAGACUUCUUGUUAUAAGUAGAGAUGGGCUUACACUGAAAUGUUUGGAAGGCCAAGCAAGGUCUGGGAGCUCCACCCCCAUUCCAUGGGUGUCUCCUGGGACCCAAAGAAAUGCUGGGUGUGCCCAUGACGUGGCUGAACGAAGGCCCUGAAACUCCCCUACUCUCUCUCUGGGGGCGGGUUUCUUGGGCUGUUCUGUCCACCGGGACAAGGGGGGGAGUUUUUCUAACUUGGGAAGAAAUUCACAGCUUGCCUCCCAGCAUGCAGGUGACCUCACGUUGGCAGGCCCCGGAGACUCCCGUCCAGGAGCUCGGGGCCCUGGCUCUUGCAGGCAGACACCAUGUACUCCAGAUACCUCCUGAGACCUCCCUCCUCUGCUCUCGGGGCAGCUGCGGCUCCCCAGGCCCCGCACAGGCCCGCCUCAGGCUGGGGCCACUCGGAUGGCACUCAGCACUCUUUCUUCCCUGUCCUUUGCUGUGCAGUGAGACACCCCCACGCGUUUGUCCAGUGCCCUUUCCGGGCCUGAAUCGCAGAGGAACUGUUUCCCCGUAGGAACUGUUGGGCCGCCCCCCCCCCACCGCGAUGUGCAUACACGGUUCUUGGCCACGAGGGUCUUGGCAGUGGCGGGAGUUUGAAUGGGAUCGUGCCAGCUUUGCUAAGCUUUCUUUCUUUAUUUCUGCAAAUCUCUUAGCAUAAUUCCAAAGUGGCCAAACAGAUGUCACGUGGAGUUAGUCAAAGCACAAAGUCACGAUUCCAAGCAGGAGAGGAGACCUGGCCAUGGGAACCAACCAGCAUGCAGCUACUUGGGUCCUAAGUCUCCUCGAGGACGAGAGCAAUUGUCUGCCAGGAGUGUCCUUCCAGGACUGAGGACGGGGCUCCCCACCAUUCCGAAUCGGUUUAAAAUCGAAAGUGUGUUCAAUUCUGCGCAGAUCAGGGCAGGCGAGCUCCUGUUCUGACAUGAAGGACGAGACACCAGGUUGGUGGGGGCCUGUGCCGCUGCCGGCUGGCUGCUGUCUCUGGCGGGAGCUGGGUGGGCACAGUGACCUCGGUUCCAAGCCCGGCCAAGGGUAAGUCAGCACCUCAGCCUCUCUGAGCAGCCCUUUUGUUCCGAGGCCAGGGAAGGUGGUACUUCGGGGGUCUUCCCCUUUCUCUCUGAGCAUCCAGGAGCCCCCCAGCUUGUCUUACUAGUACAGCAGGUUUUUGGAGAACCCAGCGGGUAUGGCAGGACCCAGGCUUGAGAAGAAAAGGUGGGCCGCAGAGCAGAUAAAUGGAGACAAAGUAGGGAGGUCUCUUGUACGGCUAGUCGGGCCUCUCUAGCCAGGCUUUCUGGAGCCCUGCCCCAUUCUUUUCCCUGGAGUGCCCCGUCUCCUGUACCAAUACCUCUGAUUUCCCAGGGAGGUCACCAAUUGCACAUGGGCCGCAAAACAUCCAGUCACGCUUCCAGCACAUUCUGUCACAUUUGGAAGAAACUCGAAUGUCAGAUUUUUGGCUUUUAUUAUGAUUUCAGAACUAGCCUAGCCCAUCUCUAAUUAUAAAAACAUGAUUUUUUUCCCCUUUUUUUCUUUAUGCUCACAAUCAAGUGUCUGAUUAGGUCUGGAACAGCUCUAGAAUGAACACGUAAAAUUUAGUAAUUUAAAAUCUCUCUUUCCUGCAAGUUUAAAUAGUUGUACAGAUAGUUUAUAAGCACAAUAUUUUAAGGAAAAAAAAGUGGCUGGUCUACUAGGCAGCCUUUGUGCCACUUCAGUGCUAGAAAGUUAAAGAAAAACAACUUUUGUGAUUUAAUAAUACUAUUUCUGUGGAAUAAUUCUAAAAGUAUGACCUUUUUAAAUCAACCUUAUUUGGACGCAUCUGAACCAGCAGAGCUGUGUUAUAUUUUAUAUCUUUGCUAGAACUUCAUCACUGAAGGACAGUUAUUUCCUCAAAAGUGGUUACAACUCACAAUGCAGCAGUUUCUCCAAAACACACACACACACACACACACACACACACACACACACACACACACACACACACACACACGUCCCGGCCACAUGCCCCUGAAUUGGAAACUGGGUUUUGGACCUUUCUCUCUGUCCCAAAACCUUUUGCACAUCAAUCUUUGUCUUUGAUCCAAUCCAGCCUGAAAUCAAUUGAAUAUUAAGGCGCAGUACUUCCAUGUCCUUUCAAUUUUUGCAUCACAAGAUGAAUAUUACUGUAAAGAAACUUCAAGCCAAGAUGCAGUGGGUGGCCUGCCGAGGCUGCCCGGUAGUUCGAAACACGUCAAGAUGGUGGUUUGGCCAUUAUUCGUCUUCCAUUUGGUAACAGGCAAAAGCUCGUCAGUUCACCACUGCACCCUGGUGGCGCUCUCCUCCUUUCCCUCCCGUUGGCGUUACCUCUAUGCUCAGUGUCAGGCGAACGGCUAAGGAGAAUGGGAGUCAAGGAAACCACUGGGAGAUCGUAACGGAUUGCAAUGGUGGCGUUAGGCUUCCUGAGCUUUGGCAGCCAGUCGGUGCGAGCUGGCUGGUAACUCCCUUUCCUGACUCUUCAAGUCCCCUGCGGCCAACCAGGCUCCCGCAGGCUGAAAGACCACAGGGCUGAUGAUGAAGUCGUUUAUUUUUACAUUGUCUCAUAGCACCGUAACAGAACCCAUCAGACCCUGCACUGACCAACAAAAUACACACACAUGGCCAAAAUGGGCCAGUCCGCUCCAUCUGUGGGUUUCAUUACACAAAGCAAUAGUUCCCCAUUUGAACCGCCACCCAGUCACUGUUCUCCUCCUCGGGACACGUUAGGACAAGGCCCUAGUCCACGACCCUCUUUAAUGGUGGAACAAAUGUUAAACUGCUCACAUAAAGACCAUGUUAAUACUACUCCAGGUUUUCAGAUCAACUUUUGUUAUAUACUGUAAUUUAAAUAAAUUGCAUUUUCAUUCCUACUUUCUGUAAUAUUGUGUAUACAAACCAAAAUCUCUCGAGAUGUAAAUUAUGUAUACCGGCCAAGAUACCUUCUCCAGGGUAUCUGUGCAUUUUAAGGUAACACAUAAUAUAAAACUGACUCAAUGUGACUGUUGAUUUGCCGAACUUUACAUGUCACAAAGUGAAUUAUUUGUGGUACUUUAGUUAAUAAAAUGGUGAUUUUUUUUUUUCCCUGAGUUAUUGAGCAAGCAAGCAUUACCCAGUUGAUCUGGCAAUGACUUUUUUUGUGUGGGCCACAAAUAACUGAUUUUUUCCCAUUAGCAAAUUUUUUUUUGUUGUUUUUCAGAAACUAAUGUUUCACACUAUAGUUUUUGUAAUGUGUUCGCAUUAUCUGUUUCUGUUACUUUUGUGCUUUUAUUUUUUGACUUUAUUAAAGACAGAAAACAAGCGCCUGUAAUUUGCACUUUUCCCAAUCCUUAAAUCUCUUGUAUGGCAACCAAAAUUACUGUAAAAAAAAUAAAUAUACUAUUGCACUAAGGUUGUGGUUCUGAUUGCAAACAGUGAUAACUGAAUUAAACAAACAAAAAGUUGCCAAACUUGCAAUCUAAUGUAGGUUAUUUGAACAUCAUAGCCUCUUUACCUCUGUCAAAUUGACCAGGUGAUCUUUCCUCAAGGAGUAAAAAUUCCCCUUUCAUUGAGCUGAUUUGCAUUGGUUCCAUUUUCCUUCAUGGAUUCCCAAUGUGUGGGGUGGAAACAGGCGGAUUAGCGCAGAACGUGGCCGUCUGUGAAUACUGCUGUCAGAGGGUAGCUGAAGCUGGGUUUGCCUUUGGUUGGGGAUGGAGGCAUGGGAGUCAUGGAGGGUGAGCCAAGUUGGCUCUUUCUCCGGGGAGUACAGGUCUCCCACACACCCACAACUUCUCUUCUUGCUGUCAGGCCAUGAGGGUUCAGAACCGGGCAGCCUGCCUGGCCGAGGUAAAGCUAACAGUGUCUUGAUAAGCAAGUGCGCACUGAAGCUAGGGGCAAGAGAACACGUGUCUUUUGGAAAAGAGCUGAGUCGGGAAGACAUGGGCUCCCCUCCCGCUGCAGGAAGGCGUAUUUUAAACUUCAAAUUGAACCCCUUUUUUGGCCUCUUCAGUGAAAACUUGUCAUUAGUUGCCAACAGUCUCUUCUAUUUGGGUACAUUCUCCAUUUAAACAGCAGCCACUAUGUUUCAAUGUUCAUGAAAAAUUCCAAUCCUCGUACCUUUUGUAGUUCCCCGUCAGGUGCCUCCCCCACCAUCCAGUGGGUUCUCCCACAUCUUCACCCUCCCCACCCCAGCUUCACCUCCCAGUGAUUUCCCUCUAGAGCUCUUUUCCUAGACAAAUGCAUUCAGUUUGUCUUGUUAAGAUACAAAUAUUGUUGGAGACUUUUUUCUUUUACUUGUACUUUGAGGCGUUUUGAUAACCGGGGAACUGGAAUGUCAUUCCGUAUUUGUAGACAUCCACGUACACAUGCAAGUGGGUGGAAAUCCCACAGUGGCUGGGUGAGCACAGCCGCUGCGUGGACACAGGACCGCCUGCACGUGCUUUGUGGGGAAGCGGGUAAUUUCCAACCUUGUUUCUCAGACUUCAGCAGCUCUGAUCACUUCGGUUUUUUAAUCCACGCUGUAUCAGUGAUUUUGUUUAUUGUUCCUGUAAAUGUUUCUACGUUUCACAGUCUUUACCGUUUUAUGUUUAAAAUUACAACAAUCACUGUCCACUGCUUCUACUCUGGAACUCUUUGUCUAUAGCAAUUCUGGAACUUUAAUAUGAGCCUUCAAAUAAAUACAGAAACAAAAAAAAAAACAGAAAAAAAUAAAGUGUGUGCCUUGGGUGUUUUGAACCUGAUCUGCAUAAAACCAUAUUGUAUUCAAAUGCUGUAUAUUUAAUGAAAGGAUAAAUAUAUCUUCAAUGUAUUAAUGUAGCUGAUAAAAUAGUUAUAGUGCCUUGUUUUCUGAACUGAGAAGCCCAUAUCAAUGCACAACGUAAAGUCAAAAACGAUUCGAGAAAUGAAAUGUUGAGAAGACUUAGACAUGGUUCUGGA